AUGGUUUCCAACAAGUGUUGUGUUCCUGGGUGUAGUAAAAGUGCUGCAUCUAAAUUUGGUGUUCCUAAAAAUAUGAUGAAUGUCUGGGAAAAUAUUAUUGGGUGUCCUUUAAACAGGAAUUCAAGAGUUUGUGCAAACCAUUUUAAACCUAGUGAUAUUACAUCAACAUGGGAGUCUGGUAAUGGUAGUAGCCAAAUCUCGAUUUGUUUAAGAAAGCCACGGUUAAAAUCUGGAGUUAUACCAAUUAAUAAUUUAAGUGAUGAAGUGAAUGAAACAAUGACAAUGCUUAACGAACAUAAUUAUUCUAAAGUUAAUCUAAAUGAUGAGUUUGAACCACCACUUGCCAAACGAGCAUGUAUUGAGUUAUCUGACAGUGUAAUUGAAUCAAUAUCUGAGGUAGUAAUUCAAGAUAAUAUAUUGAUAAAUGAUGAAAGUUCAAUUUCACUACCCAUGAAUUGGUUUUGUGAUGUUACUACUAAUAAUGGAUCUGUUAUAGCAAAAACUUAUUUUAUUCUCAGUCCAUUUCAAAUAUACAAUAAAAGAGUUGUGGAAAAACGAUUAGUUAUAUUAAAAGAUUCUGAGCCAACAUUUUACAUUAAUGAGAAACAAAUUAAGUUAUCACAGGUUGGAAUAAAUAAUUAUGAUGAAACAUUGAAUAUUGAAUACAUGCUAAAUAUACUUGUAAAAGUUAAUGUUUGUCGAGGUGUAAAAACUGACAAAAAUGUAAAAACUUCUUUUGGUUCUCAAUUUAUAGAAUUUAAUGGUCACUGGAAACAUGCGAAUUGUUUAAAUAUUAUAGAUGAUGGAGCCAGUCAAUUAUGUGUAUGGUGUAAUAGAUUAAAAUACACCAUAAAUAAAAAAUUCAAAAUAUUGUCAGCUGGAAAGUCUUUAAGAGUACCUUUAACACCGAGCAAAAAAAGCAAAUUCAAAAAAAUUCUUAAAUCCAAAAAAAUUGCAAGCCAAAAGUUUUCGAGAGCGCAUAAAACAAUUAAAAAUUUGAAAUUGCAGUUGAAUAAUAUCAAAACUAAAAUAUCCCAAGUCUCAUCAACCACAUUAAAUGAAAUAAUUCAGAAAUCUAAUUUAUCUGACUGUCAAUCUAAUUUAGUCAAUGAAAUUUUUAAUGCUGCUAAAGUUAAAUGUAAGAAUCAGAGAAGGUAUAGCGAUAACUGGAUUCUAUUAUGCUUAAUUUUACAGAUUAGAAGCCCAAGUGGAUAUAGAUUUCUGAGAAACCAAAACAUACUUCCACUUCCCUGUGUAAAAACUGUUAGAAAGUAUCUUUUGGCAAUUAAUAAUGAAUGUGGAUUUGACCUUAAUUUCUUUAAACUUCUGAAAAAAAAAAUGUUGAGUAAAAGUGACUAUCAAAAAAAAGGCAUUUUACUAUUAGAUGAGGUAUAUUUGAGAUCAAGUAUAUCAGUAAACAGCCGUACUUUAAGUUAUUCAGGAUUGGAAGAUUUUGGAGGAGAACUUCCAAGUAGAGACACUGAAAAAGCAGAUCAUGGUUUGGUAUUUAUGUGGUCUAGUCUUGCAGAUAGUUUUACACAACCUAUUGCAGUUUUUGCCUCCAAAGGUCCUGUAAAAGGAAUGGAUUUGACCAAAUUAGUAGUGAAAGCAAUAAUGUUAUUAGAGAACGCAGGAGCACAGGUUUUGGGACUAACUACUGAUGGGGCCAGUACAAAUAGGACCAUGUGGAAUAACUUAGGCAUUUCAGGAAAGAUAGGGAAUACAAAUAAUAGUUUUUGUAAUCCAUUUGAUGAAACUAGAAAAGUUUUUGUUUUUAGUGACGCACCUCAUCUCAUUAAGACGAUACGUAAUCGCUUAUACGAAAAAAAAUGUUUAAAGUUGGAUCCUUCCAAACCAUUAGUAAAAUGGGAACAUUUUUCUGAAGUGUACAGGCUUGAUGAGAAUAAACUAGGGAAAGUAUGUCCAAAAAUUACUAGGAAUCACAUAUAUUUAACUAAUUUGUCAAAAAUGAAAGUUAAGUUUGCAACUCAGCUUUUCAGUAACUCAAUGGCUGUAGGUAUACAAUUUUAUAGAAAUAGAAAUGAAAAAAAUCUUAUACAUUCUGAAGAAACAGAACAAUUUACCUUGUUUAUAAAUAAUUUAUUUGAUGCGUUCAAUCGUAAAUUUCCUGCAGAAGGAAUCAGAAAAAAUUCUUAUGAUUUUGAGAUUCUUGAAAAUGCAAUGAAAUGGUUAGAUUCUUGGGAGUCAAAAGUUAUAGAUGGACUCAUAUCUUCAAAUGAAUUUUUAACUCAGCAAACAGCUGAUGGAUUGAGAGUAACAAUUAAAUCUAGCAUUGAACUUUCAAAAUAUCUGUUGGACAGUUGUAAUUUUUCAUUUGUAUUAACUGCUAAAAUGAAUCAGGAUAAACUAGAAAAAUUUUUUGGUAUAAUACGUCAAGUUUCUGGUCCUAACGACCACCCGUCUACACCAACAUUCUUACAAUUAUACAGAAUGUUGACUGUAUCUUCUCUAAUAAAACCACCUAAAAGUGGUAACUGUACAGUUGAUGAAGUCCAAAAACCGGUACUUGAUAUUUGCGACUUUAAAAAUCUUAUUUCAAAUGAAUCAUUGCGUGAAGAAAAAAUUAAAAACAUGAAGAGUAAAUUAGACUUGAUAAUUGAAGAUAAGAACUGGGACUGUGAAGACAUAUUUUUAGAGCACGAUUAUACAAAAAGUUCAGUUUUUGAAUGCGUGGUUUACUAUUUAGGAGGGUAUUUAGCUAGACGACUGUGCAAAAAGUCCAAGUGUGAAGUAUGUAUAAAAAAUUUAAAGAAUGAUGGUAACUUAGGUAUGGAAUCAGAGUUGGUAAAUUUAAAAAGUAAAGGAUUUUUAACUCAUCCUAGUGGUAACUUAUAUAAAAUAUUAAAAGUAUUGGAAACUUGCUUUUGUAAACAUGCAAGUGCUGGUGAUGUCUUUGAAAAUACUUAUAAUGAAUUUUUUCUUCAUGUGACAAGCUUGACAUUUUCAUGUUCUAUUCAUAAAUAUGAAAUGAUUACAGAUAUCUUCACCAUAUAUAUAACAAUGCGUAUGAGGCAAUUUACAUACAUUGAAAAUCAAAAAUUAAAUAAAAUUAAUAGAGCCAAAAAGAAACUUUCAAAACUUGUAUCCAGUUAG